CUAUAGGCGGUGGAUCGAACAGUCACACACCUCACCUUACCCCGCCCCUCGUAUUCCUCCUCCCCCUCCCUGCUCAAAACCCUAGACCAACACCACAGGCCCGCCCCCGCUUGCCCGGCCUCCACCGCCGCCGCCGGGGACGAUGGCGAAGCCUCGGCGCGGGCGCUCCGCCUCGCGCUCCUCCUCCGGUUCCUCCUCCCGCUCCGUCUCCUCCGGCUCCGUCUCGUCCCGCUCGCGCUCGCGCUCCCGCUCCCUCUCGUCGUCGCCAUCCUCCCCGUCCCGGAGCCGCUCCCCUCCCGCAGCCAAGCGCAGCUCACCUGGAGCAUGGAGAGGUAAAUCACCUUCAUCACCUCCUAAAAGAGGUUCACCCUCAAGGAAAGGCCGGUCACCAUCACCGCCACCUAAGAAAGCUUCACCUCCCAGGAAAGCAUCUCCUCCUGCUGAGUCGGCUGUUCUCCACAUUGAUCAUCUUUCCAGGAAUGUAAAUGAGGCUCACUUGAAAGAAAUAUUUGGGAAUUUUGGUGAAGUGGUGAACGUGGAGCUAUCAAUGGACCGAUUGGUUAAUCUUCCUCGUGGCUAUGGAUAUAUUGAAUACAAGAAGAGAGCUGAUGCUGAGAAGGCUCUUCUUUACAUGGAUGGUGGUCAAAUUGAUGGAAAUGUUGUUAAGUUGAGGCUCACUCUUCAACCUCGCCAAAGGGCUUCUUCACCUAUGAAGGCACCGCCCCCUCCAAAAAGAGAUGUUCCUCAGAAUGACAAAGGUGCUAGCAGUGCUGAAAAGGAUGCUCAGCAGCGGCCUAGGGAACUAUCUCCACGAAGAAAGCCACCUUCCCCUCCACGAAAGCGAUCUCCUCCAAAUAGAAGGGUUGAGUCACCGAGGCGACCGCCUGACCCAUCACCCAGGCGUCGCCCUGAUUCUCCACCUGUUCGUCGUCGAGUGGAUCCUUCCCCUGUCAGGCGUGGUGACACACCUCCUCGCCGGAGACCACUAUCUCCACCUAGAAGGCGUUCUCCUUCUCCACCACCUAGAAGGCAUAGGUCACCGAUGCGUCCUUCACCUAGGAGGGGUCGUGGCAGCCCAUCACCACGCAGACGCUCCCCUGGGCCUCCAAGAAGGCGCUCACCACCUCCAAGGCGGUUGAGGAGCCCACCAAGAAGGCCACCACCUCCACGCCGUUAUAGUCGUUCUCCUCCUCGCCGUCCCCUUCACUCCCGUUCCAGAUCAAUUUCUCCUCGAAGGGGUCGAGGACCUCCAUUGAGGCGUGGAAGGUCAGAUUCAUCGUAUUCCGGAUCACCAAGUCCACCAAGAAAGGGGCCAAGAAGGGUAUCAAGGAGUCGCAGCCCUAGAAGGCCUCGUAGAGGAAGGAGCAUUUCUAGUGACAGCCGAAGCAGCAGCUCACCUUCCCCUAGGCGCAGGUAGAACUCCUGGCAUUGUGUCCCUGGCAGGUAAAAAACAUUUUAUCUUUUCACCAUAUCACUAUCGUUUGCCUGUGCUUGUGACUUGCUGUGAGCUCAAGUGUUGGUUUGAGGAGAUGGUGAGCGAACCCUACGGCAAUGUUUCCAAUGGAUCUGGCUUAGCUUGCUUCGUGGAGUCUCUGGUUUGUGAUUUGUACUCGGACAAUUUUCUGUUGCAGUGACUUUAUGUACUCGAUGCCUGUACUGAAGUAUUUGUACUUUCUAAACUCGUUUCUCGCUCA